CACAGCGGACUACACUUGCGUAGGACAAUGCUAAAAGGUUUAUUUCGUCAGUUUUUGGCUUUGUGAAAGUACAUUCCAACUUUUCAACAACUAUCCAUAAAUGAGUUUUACAGAUUUUGCAAUAUAUAUAAUACACUUUGUUGUCAAACAUCAUCAUUAUCAUUUAUAACUGGAAAACGUUGCUGUAGAAUGUUGUGAGUAUGGUAAUUUAACCUUUACCUUGGUCUGUUGUGCUGGGGAACAAAGACACAGAGGGUCUGCGAAGAUAGUACACCUAAUCUAGAAGCAGGUGUUCAAGGCUAGACUGACAUGCAAUUUGGAUUAUUGAACUAGAUAGCACAAGACCACCAUUUCUUGAACGGCAUGGCACAGGUGUGGUAAGAUAAGGAAGAAGACCUUUUGCCGAUACAAUACUAUUUGUCAUAAACCUUUUUGAUGUAAUACACUGCUCCAAAAAAGUCUCCAAACAUGACCUAGAUAAUAACUUGGCCAACUCUGUCUUGUCCUAAAAGAAUGCAGGGUAAAUUGCCUGACAGGACUUUAACCAUUCUGCUGUGCAAGCAAAUAUAUUUGGAGAACGUACAACAUUUCCACUCCAUCAAUCCCCUGGGUGCUGCCAGGGGCACGUCAUACAGUGUGUUCUUUACAGUGGGUAUGCAUAGCUUGUGUGAGUCUGUCUCCACAGCCUCAAAUUGGGAGUAGCCAUCUGGAACUAUCAGAGCAAUUCUAUUAUUACCAGGAUAAUGUAUCUUCCCCAUUUAUGCUGUCUGUGUCGAGGGGUGGGGGGACUGGAGUCUUGUUAAUUCACAUCUCUUUCUCUCUUGGUUUUCCUCUCUGGCUCUCUCUUUUUCUCUUUUCUCUCACAGAAUCCUUGACUUCUGAAGGAUUUUGUGAGAAAAUGCCUUUGUCUCCAGAUCUAAAUGACCUCAUGUUCUCCCCCUGUCCUUCUACCUGGUUUCCUGGUUCACCAUGCUGGGCAUCCAUCUAGUCCCCAGUCUCACAGUACAACAAAUUUGAGUGGAUUGACACAUGGAGGAUACUGGCUUGCUGACGUGACCAAUUAAUAAGGCGUCCCCAGAUGUAUACCCCUGCUGUCCUGAUGAACGAUGAAAACUGCUCAGGUACAGAGAUAAUAGUCAGGUCUGACGAUACACAAGCUAAUGGGGGUUUCUUACACACACUGGCAAGCCCAGAUCUUUGUCCCCAGGGUCUCACUGUCCUCUCUGAGGACAUUGUGUCUCGUCCUGGUGAUGGCAUUAGUGGCGGUGACAGCCUGCCCUAAGAACUGCCACUGCUCAGAGAGGAAUGGUGUGGUGGUCCAGUGUGUCUCACGGAACCUGGACAAAAUCCCGUCCAAUUUGCCAGAGGACACCGUUGUCCUCCUCCUGUCCUCCAACCGCAUCAAGCACAUCCCCAAACAGGCCUUCAAGGACCUCCGCCGGCUCAGGGAACUCGACCUGUCACGGAACGCCAUCGAGAGCGUGGACGCCGGGGCAUUCCAGGGCCUCGCUGAAGGACUCCGCUCCCUUGACCUCUCCAACAACCAGCUUCGCAGCGUGCCCAAAGACACCUUCUCCAAGUUGGAAGCACGGGUCAGCCUGUCUCACAACCCCUGGCACUGUGAGUGCUCUUUGCAGGAGAUGCUGAGAGACAUGAGGCUGGACCCAGAAACAGUCAACCAGGUCAACUGUCACACGUCGGUGCAGGAGAAGUACGCAGGACAACCCAUCAUCCAGAUCCUGGACUCUGGGAUCAACUUCUGUAACUUCCACCACAGGACGACGGACGUAGCCAUGUUCGUGACCAUGUUCGGUUGGUUCGCCAUGGUGAUUGCGUACAUUAUCUAUUACGUCAGGCACAAUCAGGAGGACGCUCGUAGGCACAUGGAGUACCUGAAAUCUCUGCCCAGCACCUCCCAAAUCAGCAAAGACUACGACACUGCCAGCACGGUGCUCUAGGCUGCCAUCGCGUGUGUGAAACUGGGUGUUUUGGUAGGUGUGUGUGUGUCUGAUCAGGACAAGAAAGUAUGGAUUACAAAACGUGAUGUCAACAAUGGAAUAGUACUUCUAUUUUUAUUUUAUAAAAGUGGUACACUAUUUAGAAAUUUAACGAUUUCGAUUAGACAUUUGUGUGUAUUAAUUACUUAAGUAUUUAAGUUAACUGUUAACAGG